CCAACCGAGUGGUUAAAAAAGACGGCCUUGCCAGUCGACACUGAUUCAUCCGUACCUCUGUCGGACAGGCAUGGGUGGUUGAUCUAUACAUAUGGGCGUUGACAGAUGAGGAUUUUUACCAUGGGUAGUUUAAAACAAACGGUGUACACUGUGUAAGGUUGUUUUUUCGUACCCGACACUAGCCAUGUAAACAUUGGUGCUGGAGGGGUCGGAGUGGCCGUCAACAAGAUGCCUCGCCCUUGGAGGAUUAAGCGACUGUCCAGGGUGGCGUGGUGCAGUAGACAGAGAACUUUAACCUGGAUAUCAAUCCUGAUUAUAGUCCUGCUUUGGGUCAAUAUGCGUCUUAUGUCGUGUGUUACAGAGAACACCGAAUCAGUACCGUCAAUCGCGUCACCAAAUAGCCGACAAUCAGAUCCGCCAUCACCAGAACGUCGGGGACUAGUCCGGGAACAAUCUAUAUUUGAGGUGGCAGCACCGCAGUUGACAGUAGACCCCGACAGAGCCCUGCUGUACGGGAGAAGGAGGCGAAAUCAGAGUGAGUUGACGAUCGGAAUCCCCACGGUACAGCGACAUGGUGUGGACUACCUUGAAAAAACUCUAUACUCAUUGAUUAUAAACGCAAAGGCAUCCCAGCGGAUGUCUAUAGUAGUGGUCGUGUUUAUGGUGGACAGGAACGAGACCUGGGUCAGGAAAAGGAGCAAACAAUUAGCCGGUAAAUACCCAAAACUCAUACGGAAUGGAUUCCUCCAAAUCGUACAUCCACACGACCAAAGUAUAUACCCAGACUUUACCAAGAUUAAGCGAACAUUUAACGACACGGCCACACGAGUAGCGUGGCGGGCGAAACAGAAUAUUGAUUACGCUUACCUGUUCUCGUACAGUAAAAACAUCUCACGUUAUUAUCUUCAACUGGAGGAUGACGUCAUAUCGGCUCACAACUAUUAUGAUGAUAUGUUACGUUUCAUACAAUCGAAAUCGGACACAUUUUGGUAUUGUCUUGAAUUUACUUAUUUAGGAUUUAUUGGGAAAUUAUUUCGGUCGUCCGACCUACAGGAAUUGUCGGAAUAUCUAUUGAUGUUCUUCGAUGAACAGCCUGGAGAUCUCCUGCUCAAAGCAAUAAAACAAAUCAAAACCCAAUGGCACGACAUUCUUAUCGAAAAGUCUCUGUUCCAACAUAAAGGUAUAAUUUCAUCCUUAUCUGACAAGAAACAGACACUUUAUGACGGACGCUUCAAAGACAGCUUUGUAUUAAGUCGAUUUUCUCGAAAGCGAUUUUACCAUGUGAACCCAUCCGCUUUGAUUGAUUCUAAAAUCGAGACGUAUUCUGAAUAUGAACCUGUACAUGCAUAUGAUUUAUCAGACAAGUAUUUCUGGGGUGUCGAUCCUAAACAAGGUGAUUACUUCAGGAUAACAUUUGAAGGUCCGCAGAACAUAAGUCGGUUAUUUAUAGACUCGGGCGAGGCCACCAAGCAAUCGGACAUGUUACAUCAUGCUACACUACUAGUGUCUACUGGCACUGACGUAGAACACCCUUGUCAAAAUCUCGUCAACGUCACAAACUUUGUAAACGGCGAUGUCGAUACAAGGACGUCCAACAUUUCACUUCCCGUAAAUAUUGACUGUAUUGUGAUCGAGUUGACAGCCAACCAAAGCGAUUGGAUCAUAAUCAGGGAGAUUGCCAUAUUUCUUCCAGGUGAACCUGAAGUUGAGGAAGAACCAAACCAAAUAUCAAACUCCAUACAAACACACGGAGAAAGUAAGAUGAUCAAAUUACAAACAUGGAAAAGACUUGAAGACUUUAAACCAAAAUUUCUGAAACCGCGGAUCGAAAAUGGCGUAUUGUUGAUGCCUGGACAAUCCAAGAAACAAAAUAAAUGGAAAGAAGAAAUCAAUAACAGUAACCGCCAAAAGGAUUCACAUCAAAACCCUCCGCAUGAAAAGGUCAAAGAAAGUAAAAAACGAAGGGAUAAUUCUAACAGAAUUCAAAGACCUAAUUUGAUUAUCGAAAAAUCAAAACAAAAAUUAAACUUAUUAGAACAGAAACUGAAAUUAAGUGAUCCAAAGUUUUUUGAACUUUUACAGCAACAAAAUAGUCUACAUAAACUUAUGAAAAUAGAGGAAGCGAUGCAGAAAUCAAAACAAAAACCUCUCCCACAUGUACAAGGCCAACAACCACGCAGGGAACUUCAUCCAAAGGUCAACGAGAAUGAUAGUCUGCAGAACAAGCCGUGACGAGAACGAGCAAUAGAAAUAUACCGCGAAUUACAAAUAUACAGACUUGAUGAAAUGUGGCAAUAUAUUGGAUAUUUAAUUACUAUUAUUAGGAUAUCAUUCAUUGAAUGCAUAUAAAAUAUAAAAUCUGAA